GGUGUCUUCAAUGAAGAAAUCCGUUUGGAAUAGAUUCGCGUUGUUUUCUCAGGAAAGCUAAAAGCUACGAGGCUAUUAAACGUGUAGAAAAUGAACAGAAUAUUCGGUCGCGGAAAACCCAAAGCGCCUCCUCCGAACCUGUCGGACUGUAUUGGUAACGUCGAUGCCAGGUCAGAGUCCAUAGAGAAGAAAAUUAGCAGGCUAGAUGCUGAAUUGAUGAAGUACAAGGAUCAGAUGAAAAAGAUGAGAGAUGGGCCCUCGAAGAACAUGGUGAAACAGAAGGCGAUGAGAGUCCUGAAGCAGAAGAGAAUGUAUGAAGGUCAAAGGGAGCAGCUGGCUCAGCAGUCUUUCAACAUGGAGCAAGCAAACUACACAAUCCAGACAUUAAAGGACACCAAAACAACAGUGGAUGCCAUGAAGAUUGGUGCAAAGGAAAUGAAAAAGGCCUACAAGGAUGUCAAACUUGAUCAAAUUGACGAUUUACAGGAUCAGCUGGAGGACAUGAUGGAAGAUGCCAAUGAGGUACAAGAAGCCCUGAGUCGCAGCUACGGCACUCCAGAGAUCGAUGAGGAUGAUCUUGAAGCAGAGCUGGAUGCACUGGGUGAUGAGCUGCUGCUGGAUGAUGACAGCUCCUACCUGGAUGAGGCCUCAGCUGCUCCAUCUAUCCCUGAGGGAAUCCCAAGUGACAGCAAAACAAACAAGGAUGGUGUUUUGGUGGACGAGUUUGGUCUGCCACAGAUUCCUGCCACAUAAACAAGGAAUAUAUUAACACAACUGCACUACAACUAAAAACACUUUUAUAUGUAGAGUAACAUUUAUACAUGGAAAACCAUUUGACUUGAGAACACUACGAUUUUGACGCAGUCCUGGUGUUGGGUUUGUGUAUUGUUACUACUACCGUGCUAGCAUGUGGCCUUGUAACAUACUGAACCUUUUUUAAAACCUUAUGCCCCUCAUUAUCUUCAUGUCAUCCUCUACACCUUGUCAGUGUCGAUCAUCAGUAUUGUUAAUUUAUGUUUAUUUGUUGCUAGUUUUGUGCGUUAUUUAGUCAUUACCGUUUUGUUUGAGUUCCCAAAGGUGGAGAUGAUUCCCACUUAGCCUGUUUAAAAUACCUGCAGGGCUAUCUGAAACAUGCAAAAUAAAUGAUGUGCUUUAAAUUAA